AUGGCAUCAUCAAACACAGAGUUCUGGUCCAAGGCGGACAGUUAUGUUAUGACCACGGGAGUUCCAUUUUCUCCCGUAGUCAUUUCCAAAGCCCUGGGAACCCGCCUCUACACUGCAGAUGGCAAGCAGAUUCUCGACUUUACCUCGGGACAGAUGAGCUCUCUCCUGGGUCAUUCCCAUCCAGAGAUUGUUGAGGUAGUCAAGCACUAUGUCUCCGAGCUCGACCAUCUCCUCAGCAACAUGAUCACACAGCCCGUGGUCAACCUAGCCGAGAGACUGGCCAAGUUCCUACCUAGCCCCCUGCAGAAGUCAUUCUUCCUCAACACUGGCUCUGAGUCAACCGAGGCUGCUAUCAAGAUUGCCAAGUGCUAUACUGGCAAGUUCGAGAUUGUUGCCUUCUCUGCUAGUUACCACGGCUUGACCCAGGGUGCUGGCUCUGCUACGUACUCUGCAGGUCGCAAACGCGGCGGCCCUUCCAUGCCAGGAUCACUGGCCUUCCCUGCUCCAUACGGCUACCGCUCUCCCUUCCGAAAGCCUGAUGGCUCAUGGGACUGGGAGACUGAGCUAGACUUUGGUUGGUCUCUGAUUGACCGUCAGAGCGUCGGCUCUCUUGCAGCCUUCAUUAUGGAGCCCAUCCUCUCUACUGGCGGUAUCCUUGAUCUUCCCAAGGGCUACUUGAAGCGUAUGCAAGAUGAGUGCAGAAAGCGCGGCAUGCUGAUCAUCAUGGAUGAGGCCCAGACCGGAGUUGGUCGAACCGGCAAGAUGUUUGCUUUCGAGCACGAGGAAGGUGUUGUGCCUGACAUCCUGGCGUUAUCCAAGACGCUAGGCUGCGGUCUUCCCCUGGCCUCCGUCAGCACUACAGCUGAGAUCGAGCGCGGCUGCAAGGAGGCUGGCUUCCUUUGGCUCACCACCCAUCUCAACGAUCCUCUAACAGCCGCUGUUGGUGACAAGGUUCUCGAAAUUGUCGAACGCGAUAACAUUUGCCAAAAGACCAAUGAGCGAGGCCAGCAACUUCGCGCUGGUCUUGAGAAGCUGCAGCAGAAGUAUUGGUGCAUUGGAGAUCUCCGAGGCCGCGGGCUCUUGCAGGGUAUCGAAAUCAUCGCUGACCCCAAGACCAAGGCUCCAGGUGCGGAUUUGGGCCAAGUUAUCUCUGACAAGGCGAUGGAGCUGGGUCUGUCAUGUAAUGUUGUCAACUUGCCUGGUAUGGGAGGUGUUUUCCGUCUGGCCCCUGCAGUCACUGUCACAGCUGAGGAGAUUGAAAAAGGCUUGGAUAUUCUGGACAAGUCCUUUGGGAUUGUGUUGGAGUCGCGCGGUCAGAUGACAGCGGCUGCCUGA